AUGGAACGAGUACCUGAUAACAUUGUGCUGGAUCGUUUUGCUCAUUUUGUGGCUACAGAUCAGUGGAACGUUGAAUCCAACGAAAAUAUUAUUAAACACAUUUACCCUGAUCGGAGAGAGCUCUCAAGCUUGUUUGUUUACAAGGUGGAGAAUGAUGGAUUAAUCGUUUCCGGAGAGGGAUACAAACAACUCUAUAAAAGACCUUUAUUUGGAGAGAUCAUUCCGAAGGCUUUUCAAAACGAGAAGAAGGAAGCCAAGGUCGGAGAUAGCUUUGGACCAAGUUGGACAACCUUUUGGUUUGAGUUGAAUGUGCAAGUGCCACCACAGUGGAAAGGAUUGGAUGUACAUUUGCUAUGGAAUAGUGAUAGUGAAGCAUUGCUAUUCGACAAGAAUGGAAAGAUUCUUCAAGGAUUAAACGGUGGUGAUGGAUGGGAUAAACGUGAGGAGUUCUUUAUAGAUGCUGACUUGUUGGAUGCUGAUGGAAGAGCUACUUUUUAUAUUGAGAUGGCCUGUAAUGCAAUGUUCGGAAACGGGUGGAAUGGCCAAAUUAACCCUCCAGAUCCUAACAGAUAUUUCACAUUGAAAAAAGCUGAAAUUGCAUUGUUCGAUAGAUUAGCAUUUGAUCUCAUGUAUGAUUUCAAGAUUGUUAUGGAAUGUGCCAAAGAGUUUGACAGCAAAAGGCAAAGAGCAAGAGAGGCAAUUAUUACCGGAAAUGACAUGCUUAAAUGUUUUGACCCAUACGACAGAGACAGUUGGCAAAGAGCAAGAGACAUUGCAGCCAAAUUUUUGGGAAAAAAGAAUGGAGAUACUUGUCACAAUAUCGUUUCCGUUGGCCAUUGUCAUAUUGACAUUGCUUGGUUGUGGCCCUACUCUGAGACGAGAAGAAAAGCUGGAAGAAGUUGGGCAAAUCAGUUGAGAUUUAUUGACAUGUAUCCACAGUAUAAAUUUGUGCAGUCACAAGCACAGCUCUUUGAAUGGGUAAAGGAAGAUUAUCCUGAGCUAUUUGAAAGGAUCAAGCAAAAGGCAAAGGAAGGACGAUUCAUUCCAAUUGGAGGCUCAUACGUGGAGUGUGACGGUGUUUUACCAAGUGGUGAAUCUUUCUGUCGACAAUUUUUGUAUGGACAACGAUUUUUCAAAGAAGAAUUUGGUGAAUAUUGCACAGAGUUUUCUCUUCCCGAUAGCUUUGGAUAUUCUGCUGCAUUGCCUCAAAUUAUGAGAUUGAGUAAGAUCGACUCAUUCAUCACCCAAAAGCUCUCUUGGAAUCUUUUUAACAAAUUCCCUAACUCAAGCUUUUUGUGGGAAGGUAUUGAUGGAUCCAGCGUGUUUGCUCAUUUUCCUCCAGCAGACACCUAUAAUGCCAGCCUUUCAGUGAAAGAGAUUCUUUUCAAUGAGGAGAACUUUAAGGACAAGGAAGUAUCUCAACAUUCCUUGUGUUUAUUUGGUCAUGGCGAUGGUGGAGGAGGUCCUGUCCUUGAUCACAUGGAACGUGCACAAAGACUCUACGACGUACAAGGUUUGCCAAAAAUCAUCCAGGAAAAGCCCAAAUACUUCUUUGACCGAUUGAAGGAGGAAAAUAGAGGGCACAAAUUGAAAGCAUGGCGUGGAGAGCUCUACCUAGAAUUGCAUAGAGGUACAUUCACAAGUCAAGCAGCAGUAAAAAAGGGUAACAGAAAAUGUGAACUACUACUUAGAGAAGCAGAAUUGUAUAGCGCCUUAGCAAGCCGACUCACUGGAUUUGAAUAUCCGCGAAAUGAGCUCACAAAACUUUGGAAGACUGUUUUGCUCAACCAAUUCCAUGAUGUUCUUCCUGGAAGCUCUAUUGAAUUAGCAUAUGCAGAUGCAAGACAAUUACACGCUCAAGUACUUGAAGAGGCCGGCAAAAUUCGAGAAUCUGCCCUGGUAGCUCUCAACCAACAACAAUUAGAAACGAACAGCGAAGAAAAGGAGAAGGUCGUUACUGUAUGGAACUCUUUGCCAUGGGAAAGAAAAGAAGUUAUUGAAUUGGAUGUUGUGGAUAAUUUGACAGAUGAUAAGGCGUACACACAAAAAACAUCCAAUGGAAAAUGUCUUGCAAUUGUGCAAGUCCCCUCCACUGGAUACAAAACUGUCACUCUGCAAGAGCUUGUGGUUGCUUCUGCUGCCUCUACUGAAUCUAUGGUAUCUCUUCAACAGAAGAAUAAUUCAUUUGUGUUAAGCAAUCAAUUCAUUGAGGUGACUGUCAAUGAAUAUACAGCGACUGUUGAUAUUGUUGAUUUGCAAACCAAACGCAAGGUGGUUCAAGACGGCAAUCGUUUUGUCAUGUACAAUGAUAAGUGUCUCUUUUGGGACGCUUGGGACAUUGAGGUCAUGCACAAUGAACGUGAACUUCCAAUUAAGGGCUAUUACGAAGGAAGCGUAUCUGUUACUGUACUUGAGAGCGGACCAUUGAGAUGCUCCUUGCAGGUUUCAUUCCCUAUUAGUGAGACCAGUAGCUUGUCUCAAGUAAUUUCUCUUUCAUGUGUAUCACCUCGAUUGGAAUUUAACACUCAAGUCGAUUGGCAUGAAAAGCACAAGUGUCUAAAGGUGAAAGUCCCAUCAAGAAUCUUCUCAGAUUAUGUCACCUAUGACCAUCAAUUUGGAUUCAUUAGAAGAUCUAUUUUGAAAAACACAAGUUGGGAUGUUGCUCGCUUUGAGGUGAGCUCUCAGAAAUAUAUGUGUAUUUCAGAGUAUGGAAAUGGAGUUGCUGUGAUGAAUGAUUGCAAAUACGGUUGCUCAGCUACACAAAAUGGUGAUCUCUUUUUGACAUUGUUGCGUGCUCCAAAGGCUCCUGAUGCCAAUUGUGACAUGGGCCACCAUCAAUUCACAUUUGCCAUUCAUCCCUAUGUUGGUUCUUCAUUCCAAGACGGAAGAAUAAUUCAGAGCGCCUAUGAGCUCAAUCAACCUUGCAAUGUUUGUGUGUAUGACAGAUCACUUCCAAAAUCCUCUUCAGAGAAAGUUGCAGCAGUUGAAAAUGAGGAAUCGCUUAUUUCAAUUUCUUGUGAGCAAAUACUGUGUGAAACUUUGAAAAUGUCAGAGGAUUCAGAACAACAUUUGGUGUUGCGUAUGCAUGAAUGUUAUGGAGCUCACGCUCCUCAAAGCGUGUUAUCCAUCAAGUCUCCUCAAGCACCAAGAGAAGUGGUCACCACUAAUAUUUUAGAAGACGCUGAUGAGGAACGUUACCAACUGCGAUUUACACAUGCAGAUAACAGAAUCAAUAUUCAAGUUCCACCACUCAAACCUUUCCAAAUUCAAACCAUCAAGAUCAAAUAUUAA